AUGUCUACCUUCCUCGACAAAUACACCCCCACGUCGGAUAUCCUGGGCUUGUUUGCAGACCCAUUUGAGCGCCCCCGUCAAAGCUGCGCCUCGCUAGGCCCCAAUGAUCCGGCCGAGCCAUCGAUAGCCGAAUGCUACAGUCGAGCGCAUUCACCUCCUCUGGACCGGGACAAACUGAGCGUGCGAGACCACAACGCUUCUCGAACCGAAGGAAGGCUUGAAUUUCCAGACAUGACUGGGUUCACGGCUGAGGAGCUGGACAGGGAAGACUAUGCCUACGUAGAAGCAUUCGAUCUAGCCAGGUUCCAGCCCGUCGUUGACCUUGCCGAGAAGAUCAACGCGUCGGCGUUCUUCCCUCAGUGGGCGCAGCUGAAUCUGCCUCCCGGAGAAGUCCUCCAUGUCUUUAUCCAGCUCUACUUUGAAAACUUCCAUCCCAUGUUCCCCCUAAUUCAUCUGCCGACGUGCUCCUCCCCAGAGACCCAUUCUCUCCUCUUGUUUGCCAUGGCAGCCAUAGGUGCGAAAUAUUCCAAACUGAAAGGGGCACACAAGUGCUCGCUUGCUAUGCACGAACUUGUUCGCCAGCAAACCCAGUAUUUGGUUGGCAGCCGCACCCCCGUAUCCAUUACCUCUGGCUGA